UCCGAGAGAUGGCAAAUGAUAGAACGAAACUAUGGAAACGGCUGCUCGUUGCCUCAUUCUUCGUCGGCUUCGCUUCGUGUCUCUUUACGCGCAAGACAUUCGCCGUCUUCAUCCCGCUUCUCAUCCACGACCUGCAGUGGCGCGAGAGCAACAUCGGAGCCAUAUCGAGCUCGUUCGUCAUCGGAUUCGCACUCAGCCAAGUCGCACUCAGCACGCUACCCAACAGAAUAAGCCUCCGAUGGGUUUACACCGUCUGCGUGCUCGGCAGCGGUUUGAUAAACAUUCUGCUUGGCCUGUUUCAUCAUUCUCUGUUGUCGUUUGGCGCCUUGUGGCUUGUUAACGGUUUCUUUCAAGGCUUCGCUUGGCCUUCCAUCGUACGGAUGACGACAGCGUGGUAUUCGGCUGACGAACGUGGAAAGAUAUUAGGAAUAGCCGGAGUCGGCGGGAAUCUAGCGGGCAUGAUGGCUCCUGCUGUUUUCCAGUUUCUUGCUAUUUGGUUCCGCGGAUGGCGGCAGGUAUUCGUCAUAACAGGAGUUUGUAGUGUAGUGAUAUCCGGGAUUGUGGCGGUGAUUACCAGAGGAUCUCCGGCGGAGGUUUUGAAAAAUGUUUCAAACGAUGCGCAUGCGCACAAGAAAGAGCAAUCAAAAUUAAGUGAAACGACGAAACGGACUUCGAUGAAAACUGUCUUCACGAGUGGUCUGUUUUGGGUCAUGUGUCUGUCGCACCUGCUGUGUAAUUUCGCCAAGUGUGUUCUUUGCGACUGGACACAGCUGUACUUGAUUCAAGACAAGAAAUGGGAUCAGGAGCAAGCUAUCCUGACACUGGGGGCAUAUGAGUUGGGCGGUGUGGUUGGCUGUCUACUUGUUGGCUUUCUUGCCGAUUGUCUUAUGAAGAGGGUGGAUGAUAUGCUCAAUUUGUAACGUGAAUGUAUUGAACAGCAUGUAUCUGAUUAGUAUGAGAGUAUGGGUUCGUACGCGAGGCUACCGAUUGUCAUCGCAUUUUCUUCAGCAGCAAUGGUAGCACUGCAACUGUUUCGAGAUGCUCAAGGGCAAC